AUGGAAGAAGGCUUCCGAGACCGGGCAGCGUUCAUCCGUGGGGCCAAAGACAUCGCCAAAGAAGUCAAGAAGCACGCGACCAAAAAGGUGGUGAAGGGCCUGGACAGGGUCCAGGAUGAAUAUUCUCGAAGGUCUUACUCCCGAUUUGAGGAGGAAGAUGAUGACGAUGACUUCCCGGCCCCUGCUGGUGGCUACUACCGCGGAGAAGGGGCCCAGGAUGAGGAGGAAGGCGGCGCUUCCAGUGAUGCCACUGAGGGCCACGAUGAGGAUGAUGAGAUCUACGAGGGGGAAUAUCAGGGCAUUCCCAGGGCAGAAUCUGGGGGCAAAAGCGAACGGAUGGCAGAUGGGGCACCCUUGGCUGGAGUAAGAGGAGGUUUGAGUGAUGGGGAGGGUCCUCCUGGGGGUCGCGGGGAGGCACAGCGGCGGAAAGACCGGGAAGAAUUGGCUCAGCAGUAUGAAACCAUCCUCCGGGAGUGUGGCCAUGGCCGCUUCCAGUGGACACUCUACUUCGUGCUGGGUCUGGCGCUGAUGGCAGAUGGCGUCGAGGUCUUUGUGGUGGGCUUUGUGCUGCCCAGUGCUGAGAAAGAUAUGUGCCUGUCUGACUCCAACAAAGGCAUGCUGGGCCUCAUUGUGUACCUAGGCAUGAUGGUGGGAGCCUUCCUGUGGGGCGGCCUGGCUGACCGGCUGGGUCGGAGGCAGUGUCUGCUCAUCUCGCUCUCAGUCAACAGUGUCUUCGCCUUCUUCUCGUCCUUCGUCCAGGGUUACGGCACUUUCCUCUUCUGCCGCCUCCUUUCUGGGGUUGGGAUUGGCGGUUCCAUCCCCAUUGUCUUCUCCUAUUUUUCGGAGUUUCUGGCCCAGGAGAAGCGUGGGGAACAUUUGAGCUGGCUCUGCAUGUUCUGGAUGAUCGGCGGGGUGUAUGCGGCUGCAAUGGCCUGGGCCAUCAUUCCCCACUACGGGUGGAGUUUCCAGAUGGGCUCGGCUUACCAGUUCCACAGCUGGAGGGUCUUCGUCCUCGUCUGUGCCUUCCCCUCUGUGUUUGCCAUCGGGGCUCUGACUACGCAGCCAGAGAGUCCCCGCUUCUUCCUAGAGAACGGGAAGCACGAUGAAGCCUGGAUGGUGCUGAAGCAGGUUCACGACACCAACAUGCGAGCCAAGGGCCAUCCCGAGCGGGUCUUCUCAGUCACCCACAUUAAAACGAUUCAUCAGGAGGACGAAUUGAUUGAGAUUCAGUCGGACACAGGGACCUGGUACCAGCGCUGGGGAGUCCGGGCUUUGAGCCUGGGGAGUCAGGUGUGGGGAAACUUCCUCUCCUGCUUCAGUCCGGAGUACCGGCGGAUCACGCUAAUGAUGAUGGGUGUGUGGUUCACCAUGUCCUUCAGCUACUACGGUCUGACUGUCUGGUUCCCUGACAUGAUCCGCCAUCUCCAGGCUGUGGACUAUGCAGCUCGAACCAAAGUGUUUCCAGGGGAGCGUGUAGAGCAUGUGACAUUUAACUUCACGCUGGAGAAUCAGAUCCACCGAGGGGGGCAGUACUUCAAUGACAAGUUCAUCGGGCUGCGUCUGAAGUCAGUGUCCUUUGAGGAUUCCCUAUUUGAGGAGUGUUACUUCGAAGACGUCACGUCCAGCAACACAUUCUUCCGCAACUGCACGUUCAUCAACACCGUGUUCUAUAACACUGACCUGUUUAAGUACAAGUUUGUGAACAGUCGUCUGGUAAACAGCACAUUCCUGCACAAUAAGGAAGGUUGCCCACUCGACGUGACAGGAACCGGUGAAGGUGCCUACAUGGUGUACUUUGUCAGCUUCUUGGGGACGUUGGCUGUGCUUCCUGGAAAUAUCGUGUCUGCCCUACUCAUGGACAAGAUUGGCAGGCUCAGAAUGCUUGCUGGUUCCAGUGUGAUGUCCUGUGUUUCCUGCUUCUUCCUAUCUUUCGGGAACAGCGAGUCAGCCAUGAUCGCUCUGCUCUGUCUUUUUGGGGGGGUCAGCAUUGCAUCCUGGAACGCGCUGGACGUGCUGACUGUUGAACUCUACCCGUCGGACAAGAGGACCACCGCCUUUGGCUUCCUCAAUGCCCUGUGCAAGCUGGCAGCAGUUCUGGGGAUCAGCAUCUUCACAUCCUUUGUGGGAAUCACCAAGGCUGCUCCUAUCCUCUUUGCCUCAGCUGCCCUUGCUCUUGGUAGCUCUCUGGCCCUGAAGCUGCCGGAGACCCGGGGGCAGGUACUCCAGUGA